GCAGACCUCCUUCCCAGUUAAGGACCGUGUUGCGAGAGGCUGAGCUUUGUACGACUUACAAACACUGCAAAGAUCAGAUUGUGUCUCAGACUCCAGCUUCAGAGCACAUAUGUCUUUCUUUACAACUGUGGCACUCCUGGUUAUUCUGGCCAUUCCUGAGGGUACCAGUCAGGGGGAUCAAGGAGUGCCUCUGCAAUGUCGGUGCAUCAACAAGGAGAGAAAGCCCAUCGGACGUUGGCUAGAAAGGGUGGAGGUGAUCCCUGCCAACUCUCACUGCCCAGAAAUUGAGAUUAUUGCCACUCUUAAAAAAGAUGGGGGAGAGAUCUGUCUGGACCCUGAAGCUCCGUGGGUCCAAAGAGUGCUCCGGAGAUUGGAUCAACACACACCUUGAAGAAUAACGAGCUGUUUUUAAAAGCAAUUAAAAUACUUGUGUGAUGGAAAUUUGACCUGGUGAGACUUCUGAAAUAAAGAGAUUUGAGAAUAA